ACGUUACCUUGAAAAGAAACAGAGAUUUGUUUUAAUGCUAUUUUUGUGACGGUUUUUGAGACAGCUUUUUUGAGUGGUUAUUAACGUCAGAUUUACACUGGAACAAUAUGCAAACAAACCUUACAUCAGCGCCAACCGAGCGAAUUCUACCAACUACAGAACCCAUAGACCACACAAGCAGAGCCUGGAAGACGGUAGCUCUGUUUUUCAUCGCUGUUUGUAUCAUUAUCGUGAAUUCUAUCGUGUGCGUGCUCGUGUUCCGUGAUCGCCAGCUGCGUGACACGGUUCGUAACGGCGCCUUGGUGGGUCUUGCCCUCUCUGGCCUUCUUAUGGUGGGAGUUCUGAUAUUUCAAAUACUUACAAGCUUUGGCAUCGGGAACAAGUCUGUUAUACUUUGUGAUAUAUUCGCUAAGGUAUUCCGCGUACUUAUUUACGUCAGCAUUCUGCAUAUGUUUAUUCUGAGUACUGAUCGCCACAUAGCGGUGUUUUCUCCGCUGCACUAUCGGAUGAUCGUUACGCGGGCUCGCAUGACAGUCGUGCUGUGUAUGGCGUGGCUUGUACCGUGUAUUUCUAUCGGUAUCAUUUCGUUCUUCUUGGAGAUAAAUAAAGACUUCACUACUAAAAGCUGCUUUUUCGGUUGUACGAGAUUAUUUUUGAGGCAUAAAACUCACCUAAACUUACGGAUUCACAUGUACUUCAAUGCAGUGGUCUUGUUUUUGAUACCGCUGAUCAUCAUCAUCGUGGUAAACGCUCGUAUUGCUAAGACGUCUUGGUACCAGUCUACUCGAGUGGAUCCCAUGAGCCAUGUGAACAUGCGUAAUAGGCGACCGCGGACUCGUGAGAUGAAAUGGGCAAAGACCAUUGGUCUAGUGGUGGGUGUAUUUAUAUCAUGCUAUAUCCCACUCAUGUCCCUUGACCUCUACCAAGUAAUUAACGGUCCCAGCCUCCAAGCAUCACAGGCCAUGUACUAUCUCGCUUACAUCAAUGCUAUCAUCAACCCAACCAUCUGUACCCUACGUAGCCGGGACUUCAAACGUGCCCUUGCGUCGUUAUGGCUACGCCGUGACGUCACACCACAGGAUAUCCACAGGGAUAGUGUUGUAACAGUUAGUAGCACGAGGCGCGAUGAAGGUGAGGGCUGGUUGUGGUGGUUCAAGAGAGACGAAAGUGAGAUUUCUUCAAGCACUACUACGACUUCUUUCACGUUAGUCAUCUCAAGGUCUAGCCUAGAAGUAGCCUGCUAGCCGGCUUUCAAUCGGGGCGCAAAGGCCGAGGAUCGCUUGGGCCGAUAAUACGGACAGGAGCAUAAAAUGGCAAAGCUCAAAUUGUAAGGCUGUGUUAGCUUGCUUGACUUUUUACCUAGAGAUUCCUUGUUCAAUAUAAAACAAAAUACGCAUUAGUAUUAGUUUGGUAUUUAAUCCGAUCAUGAGAUACUGAAAGUUGUAAGACUCUUGAUUUAGCUGAAAUUACCCAAUUUGGUUCCCUGUUAGCAAAGGCCUCUUUUCUCUGUAUUUCGCUUGGCUGGCGUUCGCCAGUCCAUCGAAAUACACGAAAUCCAGAGAAAAGAAACAUCAGGGGCGAAAUUUCCAAUUUUUUUUUAUGAUCUACUGCAACUUUGCUCACUAAAGCUUAUUUUGUUUUAUAUUAUGCACGGAACCUCUAGGCAAAACAUAGUCAAAAUGUAAGCUAACACAACCUUAGCUUUUUGCCAUUUUUUGCUCGUGUCCAGGAUACGAGGAAAUAUGUUCAAGCAUAUCCAGUGCUCCUCGUCCUUUACUCGCCAGAGGUUCCCGAUGUCCCAACUAACACAAGAUGAGAGCCGGUCAAUUUGGAAAAAAAUCCCUGAGUAAUGUUUUACGUGUUAGCAAUAAAUAGCUUGAAAAGUUGCUUUUUUUUAAGAGUUUGCGCUAAUGAUAUCACACAUUAUUGACUCGAUGGCAUAGGGACAAUGGUAAAAUUGCUCAAACACUGAAACUUCUUAUGCCUUGUGCACACUAGUGACACAAUGACAUAACGACAUGGGCGCACGCACUCCUACGUUCAAGUGUGCAUUUCGACAUUUUGACAUAAGCCCAACAUAACGACAUAAACAUAAUGGCAUAAGAGAAAAACAUGUUUUUUCUUUUAUGUCAUUGUGUCCAUGCCGUUAUGUCGGGACUAAACGAGUGCGCGUGCCCAUGUCGUUAUGUCACUAGUGUGCACCAGGCAUUACACGCUAGUUAUUUCGAAUUCCAUUAAGGAAGAAAUUCUAUUUCAGAAAAAGUCAAUCAAUUGGAGCGUACAUGUGUAACAUAGGUACUACGACUUCUUAUGCCAAGUGCACACUAGCAACAUAACAACAUAACGACAUGGGCGCGCGCACUAUGUUUAGCCCGACAUAACGACAUGGACAUAAUGACAUAAAAGAAAAAAAACAUGUUUCUUCCCUUAUGUCGUUAUGUUGAAGAUAAGAGUGCGCGCGCGAAGCUGUCCACAGACAUAUUAUUUUGACGGUGAGCCAAUCAGAAUCAAAUAUUGUAUUGAAUAUAUUGAAAAUUACCCAGAAGACCCUGGAGACGAGGUUGCAGAGACGCAAAUGGAAUGUUUUAUUAGAAAAACUGCAAGGAUUACCGCAGAAUAGCUAUACUGUACAUACCUAAGAAUUUAGGUGUUAUUUAUUCUUCAUUAAUGUAAAAUGAUAUAAUUUGAAAAGAAUAUUUGCUUCGCAAUGAUAUUCGGCCCCACUAGAUAGUAUGAUACGUAAUCUGUUUCCCUAUUAUAUUAAUCUUUUUUAAUGUAAACAUCAGUUAAAACUAUAAUAACAAGCUACUAAUAGUAUGGAAUAAAGAUCCCUCAUCGGCUACAA